AUGUCCCUCGAGUGGCUCAAUCCCAAGGAGAGCAUCAGCAACACUUGGAGGCAUACAAAGCAAAAAAGGGCCCAAGGAUUCAUGGAUACCAUAGUCAUCAUUCUCGGCUGUUUUUCGAUUUGCUGGCUACCUUGUAUGGUCAUAACUGUGUUAGAUAAGUUAAAUCUGUGUAAUAAUUAUAAAGUAAUUUAUGUGGCUUUCUGGAUUGCUCUUAGCAACAGCGGCAUCAAUCCAAUAAUUUACGCUUGGAGGAACCCUGCCUUCCGCAAAGCUUAUAAUCGCCUCUUGAGACGUAAAGCACCAAAUAAUAAUUGCAACGAGUCAUAUGGAAAAAAUAUGAAAAAAAGUAGUGAUUCAAAGAAAGACAAUACUGAGAAUAAGAACCAUUCCGAUGCUGUUACCUUAGAAACAAUCUCAGUUGUAGUCGAUUCAACGGUAACAGCACAUGNUAUAAUUGUUCAAUGUCUAAGCCGUCGUCGAUUUGGCAAAAUCUCCAAUCAACUGAUUUUCAAUCUUGCAAUUGCGGAUCUCUUCAAUGGUUUGGCACUACUCAUUUUUACAGUUCAACCUCAAGAUUUUAGUCACUUUUCAAAUUAUAUUCGUAAAAUUUGGUGCAUAGUUCCCGAAAUUCUUGGAUACGCUGGUUGCACUGCGAGUUUCUACAGCAUCGGCGCCAUAGCUUUAGACCGGUAUGUUGCGAUUCUCCAUCCGUUCAAGCAUCGAAAGUAUGUGACGAAGUGGUCUAUUUCUGCCACCAUAGCUAUUAUUUGGUGCAUAACUGCUUUAAUAUCAACCGGACCCAUUUUUUGGAUCAACACUGACGUACAAAGUAAUUGCUACAACUAUUCUGCUGAAAUAAGCUAUUACGACACGUACGUUUUCAUACCGAAUUUAAUGAUAGUAUGGCUGGUCCUCCUCAUAGCUUACUGGCGAAUUUGGAGAGCAACAAGAGCAUACACGAAAAGGUCGCGAACGAGGUCCAAAGAAGUUGGUCGUUUGAUAUAA